CAAAUGUGCAGCUGACACCAAGCUGGGGGUGUGUUGAUGUGCUGGAAGGCAGGAGGGCUCUGCAGAGGGACCUGGCCAAGCUGGAUCCAUGGGCAGAACAGGAUCAGACAUAUUCUGUCAUCCUGGGACAGGGUUCAGGGUAUCAUGAACCAAGUGCCAGACAAGUCCCACUCUUCCCCUAAACACAAAGAUGAGAAGAAGAGCAGUAAGUCUCCGGAGAAGCCAGAGAAGAAUCCUCUGGAAAAACAUGGCAGCCACAAGAGUCUUCAGCGGGAAGGGGAAGUUGCAGAAGGCUCAGUCGGAAGCCAGGAUGCCGGAGUGCCCUGCUUGGACUUCCACGUCACGCGUCAUGAAAAGGUGUUUAGGAGGAUCCUGAAGAGCAAGAAGCUGACACCACCAAAGCAGAUCCUGCACUCUCUGGGACUGGGACCUCCCAUUCCCCCUGGCUCUCUUUUCUCUGUGGUCCCCUACCCAGAGGAGGACAGAGUCCCCACAGCAUCACAAGACCUCAGACACUUCAUCCUUGUUGAACCUGAGGGUGCUGCUGCAGAAGAUGAUGUGGCCCCAGAGGCAGAGGCACAGGACCACUUGAAUGAGGGGAAAGCCACGAGCAGACACAAGUCUAGCAAGGAAAAGCCAAACUCCCCCCAGAGCCCGAAAAGUCUCCAGGAUCACUCCCCAGAAACACCCAGAAGUUCACCUGAGCCAAUGAAAAGCCAACUGCAGAGUGACUCAACCCUCGAGAGACCUGCCAGGCUGAGAAGGUUCCGCUGGAUCGUUCCUGCCCACGGCGAGGUGGAACUGAAGAUCCGCUUCAGCCCCACAGUGCCAGGGCAGUUUGACCAGCUGAUGAACUUUGAGAUCCUGGGCUCAAAGCGCCUGUACCAGUUGCCCUGCAGUGCCACUGCCCUGUACCCCAGCAUCAGCCAGAACCCACGGCUGGUGUUUCCUCGCUGGAGGAAGAGCAAGGAGAAGGAGGACAUCAUCUCCAAGGAAUAUGUCAUGAGCACAAAGCAGUUCCACUUUGGACCGCUGCUUUGUGGCGAGUCAGGAGAGUGGUACAAGGCACAGAACUGCCCCGGCAACAGCGAAAAGUUAACCAUCCUCAACGACUCCCCCAUGGAGGCAGAGGUGCAUUUCUCCUUUGAGAACGACAGCAAAGGAGAGACGUUCCUUUUGGACCCUCCCAGCAUGAGGCUGCAGCCCAAAGAGAAGAAGAAGCUGAGUGUUUGGGCGUACCCGACUUCUGCUGGCCUCCUGGAAGACAGUCUCGUCUGCUGGAUCAAGGACAACCCAGAGCCAGCGGUCUUCCAACUGUGCUGCCAAGGGGUGCAAGUGAAGCUGGGGGUCAGUCCCCAGGAGCUGCAUUUCAACAAGCUGCUUCUGCACAGGACUGACACCCAGACCCUGGUCCUGAGAAACGACAGCCCACUGCCCAUGGCAUGGCAUCUCAGUGGGCUGGACGACCUUGGAGAUGAGUUCUCUGCAUCGCAAGGCAGGGGCAUUGUUGUGCCCCGCACAGACUUUGAGGUGAAGCUGGAUUUCAAGGCCGAGAAGAUUGGCAUCACAAAUAAGAUGAUCCAACUAGAGAGCUCCUGA